AUGAUAUCGUUGAUAUGUAUCAAGAAAAGAGUCGCACAGAGAAUAGAUCCUUGUGGUACACCGGCAUUCACAGCCAGAUCAGAAGAGCAGCCACCGACGAUCACGUUAAGUGAGCGCUCCUUCAAGAAAUCUGAUGUCUAUUUGCAGAGGUCACCGAAAUCGGUCGUAACGGCUACUUUUCUUGGACACAGCCAAGCUAAACGACUCCCAUCCGGAUCCCAACUUCUUGGAACGCUUCCACGUCACCAGAACGGUGCGGGCGAACAUUGUCCUCCAGAAGAAAUGAACUCUUCCUCAAGAGCAGACAAUGUGGUUGUGCAUUUGGAAUUAGGGAAGGACAACUACCACGCUGUCGUGAGCAGUGACUUUGAGGAAACCUUUCGUCCCACAGCAUUGUCCAUAUCUGGUGCCUCGCCAGACACAUGUCCACCACCCACUUGGCCACUUGACAUCAAUGUCGAGCCACCUACUCAAAAUCAUCACCGGAAAACGAAAGAAAUGCGUGUUGGAGUUGGGAACCGCACCCCAUUAGCAAGAUGGUGUAGAGGAUGUGGAAAGCGUUCAUAA